UGGAUUUCUUAACAUGUGAUGAAUACGUGCGCAAUUGGAUGGUGAAAGCAAACUGUCUGACACACUAACAGGACGGCAGAGACAGAUGGCCACAGCAGAGGAGCACAAAGAGUUAAGUGAGAUGGAAAGCUCAGCCAAUAAAGGCCAACCCAUCUUUGUAGACAACAGUCCAAAGAAGUGUUAAAGGAGGAGAUUUCAUCAACAGUGCUCCCCUCUUCUCUCCCCUCAUGACAGUCUGACUCCUACAUGGUCCCUCCAACCUGACCAAUGAUGUCCACUGAGCCUCGAGGGGAAGCCUGGAGAGAGGAGACAGUUUUCAAGGAUCAUGUCUGGAUGUCAGAAUACCUCAAAGCUGAAGAAGAUACUAAAAGGCAGUUCUUGAACAAAAGCACAAGGAGCACAGAUUGGGCACCAGAGAAGAGGAGUCCCUAACUUUGAGUUCCUGUAACGCAACCCGAGGAGGAUGAGAUGAUCUAAUAUUGAGUAAAGUCCAGUUGAAAAGACGUCAUGUUGUCUGCACAGGGAACUGGUGUGUUGGCUCUUUUCCACAGUGUCAUAAUAGUGACUGCACUGAUAGAUUCUGAUGACGUCAUCACCAGAGAUGAGCAGAUCUACGUCUUGAUUGGUGCUCACGCCAAGUGUGAGAGGAACAUCCAGGCACAAGUGUCCCUGCUUAAAGAAGGCGACUGUAUCCCAGAGUGGGACGGGAUCAUCUGUUGGCCGCAGAGUAGAGCGGGUCAGCUGGUGUCAGUGCUGUGUCCAGAGUACAUCUACGACUUCAACCACAGAGGGCGAGCCUACCGCCACUGUGACGCGUCAGGGAACUGGGUGCAGGUGCCAAGUAUCAACCGCACUUGGGCUAACUACACUGAGUGCACCACAUACUUGACCUCCAACCACAGGAGCCAAGAGGAGAAGGUGUUUGAGAGACUCCACCUCAUGUACACUGUGGGCUACUCCAUUUCUCUAGCGUCACUGCUGGUGGCCGUCUCCAUCCUCUGCUAUUUCAAGCGUCUCCACUGCACACGCAACUACAUCCACAUUCACCUCUUCACCUCCUUCAUAUGUCGAGCAGUCAGCAUUUUUGUGAAGGACGCUGUGCUCUACUCCAUAACUGAUGACAGAGAGGCUGAGCCUGAGUUCACUGCACAGAAGCCGCACAUGGCCGGCUGUAAAGUUGCUGUUACUCUCUUCUUUUAUUUCCUGGCCACCAAUCACUACUGGAUCCUUGUGGAGGGGUUGUACCUACACAGCCUCAUCUUCAUGGCCUUCCUCUCUGACAAAAACUACCUGUGGGCCCUCACCAUCAUCGGCUGGGGUGUUCCAGCUGUGUUUGUGUCUGUCUGGGUCAGUGCUCGAGCAUCGCUGGCAGACACACAGUGUUGGGACCUCAGUGCAGGAAACCUGAAGUGGAUCUAUCAAGUUCCCAUUCUGGCAGCCAUUGUUGUGAACUUCCUCCUCUUCGUCAACAUAAUACGUGUACUGGCCUCCAAACUGUGGGAGACAAACACUGGUAAAUUGGACCCUCGGCAGCAGUAUCGGAAGCUGCUCAAGUCCACAUUAGUGCUCAUGCCCUUGUUUGGAGUUCACUACAUGGUGUUCAUGGCUCUUCCCUACACUGAGGUCACAGGGCUGCUGUGGCAGGUGCAAAUGCAUUAUGAGAUGUUCUUCAAUUCAUCACAGGGCUUUUUUGUGGCAUUUAUAUACUGUUUCUGCAAUGGAGAGGUGCAGGCAGAGCUAAAGAAGGCGUGGUUAAGACGCAGCCUUGCGCUCGACCUCAAACAAAAAGCCAGAAUGACCAGCAGCGGCGGCGGAGGCAGCUGUUACUAUGGCGGCAUGAUGUCACACACCACCACCCACAGCGUCAGCUUGUCUAGUGCCAAUUCCAGAGCUCUUUCCCUCACUGGAGGUGUGGUGGGUUCUGGUGGUGCUGCCGGUGGAGGGUCAGGGGUCAGGCUGCCGCGCCACGGUUCUCUUCACUCGCAAACCAACCUGCCUGGAUACGUGCCCGGUGACACUGAGACCUCCGGAGUUUUUGUCAGGCACACCAGAGCCAGCAAAGUAAAUCAUGAGACCAGAAGUCAUGGAGCAUCUCCAGCCCAAACCCCUGGAGAAGAAGACAGCCGCUUAUCGCUGAAAGAGCUGGAGACUAUCUUGUGACUGUUUCCGUGAAUUGACAGAUGAGCAUAUAUGAGGUACUGGACUCAAGGCAGAUGACAGUGAAGGAUUUUUCCGACUACCCCCUAAAUAGAGUGGUCGAGACUGAGGACCUUCAAAAGUAGACAUUUCAAGGAUUUACUGAGGUUAUUUUGUCAACUUUUUCCAGGGUCAAGACAAAACUUUAAGUCUCAACCGAUGGAUUUCUUGUGGAUCUAUUUAAUUUUUAGCUGUGCACGUAAAUUGUACAUUAAUUGUUAUAUGCUUUCAUUAGAUGUGAAAGAUAGAGUUAAGUUAGAUGAUCUGUGAAGAUGUGAUGCUGCAGAGAAUUUAGAGGAGUCAACGGACUGACCUGAAUGUUUAAACAGUGAGACGUUUUCUGUGAUUCAUCUCCCUCUUCACAUCUUUCCUGUGUUUGAUUUUCCAGGCCAGUCUGGCUGACCCUAGUUCAAACUGCACUUACGCAUGUGUCUGUGUGUGUCUGAGUGGCUGCUGUCUAUGAAUAUGCUGCAGCAAUCCUCCCUUUUCCAAAUACUGACCUCCAUACACAUCAGCCACACCUUUAUGAUGUAGGAUGCAAAAGCUGAUAGUUUAUCAAGCUAACUGUCUAUAUAUGAUUAUUUUUAACAGUCAGUAUUGUCCAGACAGCGUGUCUAGACAGGUCACGUCUCUCUGCAGCUUUGUCGUCCAUGUUGUCCACACAGCCUUAUUUAUCAGUCUGACAGGACCCUGAGGGCUGAUGCACAAACCUUUUGCCCCUCGCAGGCCAAACCCCAACCCCUGCCUCCGUGUAACCUCUACCCCGAUCGCCCUCACAACACCACCCAGAAUUUCACACACACCCCUCAGGCCUCAGCUCAGAGCCGGAGGCACCUGAGCUGUUUGUAGACCUCGAGCAUGAGUGACAAACCUGCAGCACAAGCCACCAGUAUUCACAAGGUAAACAGACAGGAAGUUGUACUUGUAAUUAUUUUAGGACUGAUAAGGUGUCCAGAGAUGGAGACAACUGUUCUGUGUUUAUAGGACUUGUACAGUGUAAGAUAACUCUGAUAAUUUAAUAAGUGUUUGGGAGUUUAAAUAAAGGGAAUUUAAAU